AUGAUUAUAUGUUCUUUUUUUUUUCUUUCCUCAUAUUUUACAAUUCUUUCUUUCUUAAUCCGUACAUUUUGCGAAUUUUCAUGUUUUCUUCUUUUGUUUUUAUAUUUUGUUUCCUGUCUGAUUUUACUUUUGCCUUUUUGUCAUUCUUUCUUUUUUAUAGGCACACCUUUUAAUUUUUCUUUCUUUCUUUCUUUCUUUCUUUCUUUCUUUCUUUCUUUCUUUCUAAUACAUUCUCUUCCUUUCGUUUAUCUCUUCAUUUUUUUUUUUUUUUUUUCCUUUAAUGCAUUUUUUCUUUUUUUUUUCUUUCUAAUCUCGUCUUUUCGUUUACAUUCUCUUCAUUCUUACUCUGGUGCCUCCUUUCUUUCUUUCUUUCGUUUUAAUACAUUCUCUUUCUUUCUCUUACAGUCUGAUCAUGUUUUCUUUCUUUAUUCCUGUAAUGUUUCUUUCUUUUUAAUACAUUAUCUUCCUUUAAGUCUCCUGAUUCUUGCUUUCGUUUCAUUUUUCUUUUCCUUUUUCUUUCUUUCUUUCUUUCUUUCUUUCUUUCUUUCUAAAAUCAUGUCUUCCUUUAGUAUACAGUUUCUACACUUGUCUUCGUUUCUUUCUUUCUUUUUCCUUUCCUUUUUCCUUUUUUUAUUCAUUCUUUCUUUCUUUCUAAUACAUUCUCUUCCUUCCUUUGAUAGUCGCUUCAUUCUUUCUUCUUUCUUUCUUUCUUUCUUUCUUUCUAAUAUAUUCUCUUCAUUUCUUUUUCGGUCUCUUCAAUUAUUCUUUCUUUCAUCCUUUUCUAAUCCUUUCUUUUCUCUUAUUUUCUUUCCUGAUUUCUAUUUUGAUACAUUCUUUUUUUCUUUUCUUUCUCUAUAUGUUCUUCUUUUAACUUUUCUUCUUUUUACGAUUUCUUUCUUUAUGUUUCUCUUAUUACGCUUUCAUUCUCUCUCUCGUUUUCUUCAUAAAUGUCCUUCAAUCAUUCUUUCUCCUUAUUUUUUUUUUACUCUUUUUAUACGUUUUGUGAUUUCCAUAAACCUUUCCCUCCUUUUUUCCUACAUAUUUUCUUUGUUAUAUUUUUCCAAUUCACUCAUUUUUGUAGGAAAUGUAUUUAUUUGCUUUCGCUCAUUAUUCAUUUAUUUAAUCUUAAUAUUCUUCACGUAUUUAAUUUUUAUUUCUUCCCGUAUCAUUUUCGUUCUCUCCCUGAAGGGUACUUUUUCAACUCUCAAAACUUGGCCGUUUGACGUUUACUCAUUUUCAACAUGGCAGCCAUCGCCUGAUGAUGAGAUGGAUCCUCGUUAA